GAACAAGGUAAGCUGGGCCUUUUUCGUCUGUGCCACACAAAAGCCCAUUUGUAGAGAGAGAAACAGAGAGAAGAGAGAGAGAGAGGAAUUGAGGUUGAAAGUAGCCAUUACCGGCAGGAACUGUUUUUUCCGUCGAACUCGCCGGAAUAUUGAAGGUUGAUAACGGAACCAGUCGGAAAAUGGCGCUCAAAUUCCAUCCUCUAACCUCUCAAUCUCCUAAGUUGCCGUCCUUUGCGAUGCCGCAGCUUGCAAGCCUCAGAUCUCCUAAGUUCGUUAUGGCCUCCACUCUUCGCUCCACCUCCAGGGAAGUUGAGACCCUUAAGAAACCAUUUAUGCCUCCAAGGGAAGUGCAUCUUCAAGUAACUCACUCGAUGCCACCCCAGAAGAUAGAGAUAUUUAAAUCUUUGGAGGAUUGGGCUGAAGAGAACAUUUUGGUUCAUUUGAAACCAGUGGAGAGGUGUUGGCAACCACAGGAUUUCUUGCCAGACCCGGCAUCUGAGGGAUUUCACGAGCAAGUCAUGGAGCUUAGAGAGAGGGCAAAGGAAAUUCCUGAUGAUUAUUUUGUUGUUUUAGUUGGAGACAUGAUUACAGAAGAAGCCCUCCCUACUUACCAGACAAUGCUGAAUACCUUGGACGGAGUCAGGGAUGAAACAGGAGCUAGCCCCACCUCUUGGGCAAUUUGGACAAGGGCUUGGACUGCUGAAGAGAACAGGCACGGUGACCUACUAAAUAAAUAUCUUUACCUAUCUGGGCGAGUGGACAUGAGGCAGAUUGAGAAAACAAUUCAGUAUUUGAUUGGAUCAGGAAUGGACCCAAGGACUGAAAAUAAUCCUUACCUAGGAUUUAUAUAUACCUCAUUUCAAGAGAGAGCAACCUUCAUCUCCCAUGGGAACACUGCCAGACUAGCAAAAGAGCAUGGAGACAUAAAGUUGGCUCAAAUAUGUGGAACAAUUGCCGCAGAUGAGAAGCGACACGAGACUGCAUAUACAAAAAUUGUUGAAAAGCUCUUUGAGAUAGACCCUGAAGGAACCGUCAUAGCCUUUGAAGACAUGAUGAGGAAGAAAGUCUCAAUGCCUGCCCAUCUGAUGUACGAUGGCCAUGACGACAGCCUGUUUGAUCACUUCUCGGCAGUUGCACAGAGGCUGGGGGUUUACACAGCCAAAGACUAUGCAGACAUAUUGGAGUUUUUAGUUGGGAGAUGGAGGGUGGAAAAUCUGACAGGACUGUCAGGCGAGGGGCAGAAGGCUCAGGAUUAUGUGUGUGGGUUACCUGCAAGAAUUAGAAAGCUAGAAGAAAGAGCUCAGGGGCGGGCGAAGGAAGGUCCUACCAUUCCGUUCAGUUGGAUUUUCGAUCGGGAGGUUAAGCUGUAGAAGGUGAAAGGAGGAAGAAGGAAAUGUGAAGGGGAGUUGAUAGGAAAGGGAAAAGAGGAGAAAUCAUCAUAUGGUGUACUUUUUAUUGUGUUAAGAACAAUAAUGGUUAGUAUCAUCUUCUUUGCUCUAUCUUGUCUGUCCCUCUUUCUUUCUCAAAAAAAGAAAAAAAAAAAAAAAAAGGAAGAAAUUUGUGUGUGUGUGUGUGUGUGUGUAGUGUAGAUACAAUAUUGUGCGUUGGUUGUUGGUUAGGUGUGAUAGAUGUAGAAGAAGGUAAUGGCAGUGUUGUUGUGUGCGUGUUUUACUUUUGGUCAUUUUCACUUCUCCUGUAAAAUUUGUUUCCUCGGUGUAUCAGAACAAUCUACAAUUUUGAUCAUAAUUC